UUGCUCCCUAAUUCCUGCCCCAUUCACACCUUUUUUAGUUCAGGCCCGGCUGGAGGAGCUGGUCUCCGGUCCCGUGUCUCCAGACGCCCACCGGCCGCCGGACCCUCGCACAAAGGCCUCCGAUUGAGGUUUGAGAAGGGGCGGAUCUACACCUACAUCGGGGAGGUGGUGGUGUCGGUGAACCCGUACCGGGCCAUGAACAUCUACGGCCGGGACACGGUGGAGCAGUACAGAGGCCGGGAGCUCUACGAGAGGCCGCCGCACCUGUUCGCCAUCGCCGACGCCGCCUACAAGGCCAUGAAGAGGCGGAACAAAGACACCUGCAUAGUCAUCUCAGGGGAAAGCGGAGCAGGAAAGACGGAGGCCAGCAAAUACAUCAUGCAGUACAUCGCUGCCAUCACCAAUCCCAACCAGAGGGCCGAGGUGGAGCGGGUGAAAAACAUGCUGCUUAAAUCCAACUGUGUCCUGGAGGCCUUCGGGAACGCCAAAACCAACCGCAACGACAACUCCAGCCGCUUCGGCAAGUACAUGGACAUCAACUUCGACUUUAAGGGCGACCCCAUCGGGGGCCACAUCAGCAACUACCUGCUGGAGAAGUCCAGAGUCAUUUUCCAGCAGGAAGGAGAGAGGAGCUUCCACUCGUUCUACCAGCUGCUAAAAGGAGCCCCAGAGUCCCUUUUACGGUCUCUGCACAUCCAGAAAGACCCAGCGGCCUACAAUUACAUCAAAGUGGGGGGCCACAUUAAGUCUGGCAUCAACGACGGCGCCGAUUUCAAAGCUGUGGCCGACGCCAUGAAAGUGAUCGGGUUCACCGGGGAGGAGAUUCAGACCGUUUACAAGAUCCUGGCCACCAUCCUGCACCUGGGAAACCUGACGUUCGGGGUGGACGGAGACGUGACCCUGAUAGAGAACACCAAGCUGGUGUCUGUGAUCCGGGAUCUGCUCUCCACCAAAGAGGAGAGCGUGGAGAAGGCGCUGCUGUACCGCACGGUGGCCACGGGCCGCGACGUCAUCGAGAAGCAGCACACGGCUCAGGAGGCCGGAUACGGGCGGGACGCCCUGGCCAAGGGAAACCUGACGUUCGGGGUGGACGGAGACGUGACCCUGAUAGAGAACACCAAGCUGGUGUCUGUGAUCCGGGAUCUGCUCUCCACCAAAGAGGAGAGCGUGGAGAAGGCGCUGCUGUACCGCACGGUGGCCACGGGCCGCGACGUCAUCGAGAAGCAGCACACGGCUCAGGAGGCCGGAUACGGGCGGGACGCCCUGGCCAAGAACUACGACGCCAGAGUCCACGGGAAGAACACGGUCAUCGGGGUGCUGGACAUCUACGGCUUUGAGAUCUUCCAGAACAACAGUUUUGAACAAUUCUGCAUCAACUACUGUAACGAGAAGCUGCAGCAGCUGUUCAUCCAGCUGGUGCUGACGCAGGAACAGGAGGAGUAUCAGAGGGAGGGCAUCCCCUGGAAACACAUCGAUUACUUCAACAACCAGAUCAUCGUGGACCUGGUGGAGCAGCAGCAUAAAGGCAUCUUCUCGGUUCUGGAUGAGGCCUGCAUGAACGUGGGCAAAGUCACAGACGAAGUUUUCCUCCAGGGACUCAACGGCAAACUGGCCAAGCACGCCCACUACACCAGCCGCAAGGAAGAGGAGGGUGAGGAUGAUGAGGAUGAUGAUGAGGAAGAUGAUGAGGAUGAAGAUGAGGAUGAGGAGGGUGGUGAGGAUGAGGAGGGUGGUGAGGAUGAAGAUGAGGAUGAGGAAGAUGAUGAUGAGGAUGAUGAUGAUGAGGAUGAGGAGGAUGAUGAGGAUGAUGAAGAUGAUGAUGAUGGGCUCUUUUUCUGUCUUCUGCAGCUUUCGCCCACCGAUAAGAGUCUGGAGUUUGACAGAGACUUUCGGAUCAGGCACUACGCUGGAGACGUGGUCUACUCCGUGGUGGGCUUCAUCGAUAAGAACAAGGACACCCUGUUCCAGGACUUCAAGAGGCUGCUGUACAACAGUUUCUGUCUUCUGCAGCUUUCGCCCACCGAUAAGAGUCUGGAGUUUGACAGAGACUUUCGGAUCAGGCACUACGCUGGAGACGUGGUCUACUCCGUGGUGGGCUUCAUCGAUAAGAACAAGGACACCCUGUUCCAGGACUUCAAGAGGCUGCUGUACAACAGUUCUAACCCGGUUCUGAAGGGGAUGUGGCCCGAGGGGAAGUUAAGCAUCACCGAGGUCACAAAGCGCCCGCUAACAGCCGCAACGCUUUUCAAAAACUCCAUGAUCUCGCUGGUGGAAAACCUCGCCAGCAAGGAGCCGUACUACGUGCGCUGCAUCAAACCCAACGAGGUGAAGUCCCCCCUUCUGCUGGAGCAGGAGCGCUGCCGCCACCAGGUGGCGUACCUGGGGCUGCUGGAGAACGUCCGGGUCCGCCGCGCCGGCUUCGCCUACCGCCAGACCUACGCCCGCUUCCUGCAGAGGUACAAGAUGAUCUCGGAGUUCACCUGGCCGAACCACGACCUGCCGGCGGACCGGGACGCGGUGAAGAAGCUGAUGCAGGGCUGCCGCUUCCACCACGACGCCGCCUACGGGAACACCAAAGUCUUCAUCCGCACGCCGCGCACGCUCUUCAGCCUGGAGGAGCAGCGCGCCCAGAUGGUCCAGAGGAUCGUGCUCUUCCUCCAGAAGGUGUGGAGGGGAACCAUCGCCAGGAUGCGGUACCGGCGCAUGCGCGCGGCUCUGAUCAUCCUGCGGGCCUACAGACGCUAUAAGGUCAAAUCCUACAUCCGCGAGGUCAACCGCCGCUUCAAAAACGUGCGCUCCAUGAGGGACCACGGCCGGCACGUGAAGUGGUGGGCCUGGACUCUCAUCAAAGGCCUCUCCCCGGAGGAGGCCGUGCAGGUGAGGUCAAAGGUCGCCUGCCUGGAGGCCCUGAAGGGCCAGAGGGGCGACCUGGGCCUGCAGAGGGCCUGGGAGGGGAACUACCUGAAGCGCGACAGCCCCGACUCGGCCUCCUGCUUCACGCUGGUCUCCAGCGAGCUCCAACGGAAGGACAAGUUCAUGAGGAUCCUGUUUUCCUGCAACGUCCGGAAGAUCAACCGCUUCCACAAGGCGGAGAACCGGGCCGUGCUCAUCACCGACCGCCACCUGUACAAGAUGGACCCCCUGAGGCAGUACAAGCCCAUGAAGAGCACCCCCCUCUACAACGUAACGGGGCUGAGCGUGUCCCCGGGGAGGGACCAGCUGGUGGUGUUCCACACCAAGGACAGCCGGGACCUGGUGGUGUGCCUCCAGGGCAUGGCCCCCCCCAGCGAGAGCCGCAUCGGGGAGCUGGUGGGCACGCUGCUCAGCCACUUCAAGAGUGAGAAGAGGAAGCUGCAGGUGAACGUGGCGAGCCCCAUCCAGUGCAGCAUGAACGGGGGGAAGUGCACGGUCAUCGUGGAGCAAAAGAUCAACCAAAUCCAGCCGGACUUCACCAAGAGCCGGUCCGGCUACAUCCUGGCCGUCCCCGGGAACUGA